CCGAAACCCGAGCAGCAUUCUCUCGCCCAUCUAGUCACGAAAUGAAAUUAAAAUUGUGUACGAACGCCGUUUAGGUACUUCUAGUGAAUAUUAAACAUAGAAAAUGUUCAAAUAGUAAAUAUAGAAACGAGUACUUGGUACUUAGUUACCAUCAAAACACGGUUUUGUCAGUACGUGGCGGGAAGUUGAAUUAGAAAAUUGUGUUUCGUCUGUGUGUUUGGUGCGUGUUUUUAAAAUGUCAGAUAAAGACAGAGACUAUAUCGGUUUCGCAACGUUACCCGACCAAGUUCAUCGAAAAUCCGUAAAAAAAGGCUUCGAAUUUACUCUAAUGGUAGUAGGUGAAAGUGGCCUUGGAAAAUCUACUUUACUCAAUAGCCUCUUUCUAGAAGAUCUCUAUAAAAACCGCAAAGUACCAGACGUCAGCGAAAGGAUCUCCAAAACAACCAGUAUCGAAAAGAAGACGAUGGAAAUUGAAGAAAGAGGAGUAAAAUUAAGGUUAACAGUAGUCGAUACCCCCGGUUUCGGAGACGCUGUAAACUGCGAGGAAAGUUGGAAGACUUGUGUAAAUUACAUCGAUGAACAAUUUCGUCAAUAUUUUACAGACGAAAGUGGUUUGAAUAGGCGCAACAUGCAAGACAAUAGAGUCCACUGCUGUUUAUAUUUCGUACCACCUUGGGGACAUAGUUUGAGGCAAAUGGAUCUUGAAGUAAUGAGAAGAUUGCAUCGUAAAGUAAAUAUAGUAGUUGUUAUUGCCAAAGCUGAUACCUUAACAGCAUCCGAAGUUGCCAAAUUAAAACAGAACAUACUUAGAGAUAUUAGAGACAAUGAUAUUCAGAUGUAUGAAUUCCCUGAAUGUGACAGUGAUGAGGAUGAAGAGUUCAAACAACAAGAUAGAGAAUUAAAAGCAAGCAUCCCAUUUGCUGUGGUUGGUAGUAACACAACUUUGGAAAUAGCCGGAAAGAAGAUUAGAGGACGUCAAUACCCAUGGGGUGUAGUUGAUGUCGAAAACCCAAAACACAGCGAUUUUAUCAAACUAAGGACCAUGUUAAUCUCAACACAUAUGCAAGACUUAAAAGAUGUUACAGAAGAUGUGCAUUAUGAAAAUUUCAGAGCAGCUGCAAUCUCGCAAAUCUCUCAACAUGCUAGAGAACGAGGGAAACUCAAAAGAGAUUCAACCCCAUAUGAAUCAGAUAUUUCCGAAACGGAUAGGUUACUGAUUCAAAAAGAUGAAGAGAUCCGUCGGAUGCAAGAAAUGCUGAAACAAAUGCAAGAAAAAUUGAAAGUAGACGCUCAAGAUAAAAAACACGAAAGUAUUAUCGAUGUGUAGAUUUUUAUUAUUAUUUAAUAAUUUUAUUAGUUUAUAAUUUUUUAAGACCAAAGAAGUCUAGUUAAACAAUUGUUUUCUUUUUCAUAUUUAUAACAAUAUUUAUAUGCGCAGUAUAUGUUAUUAAAAAAUAUAGAGUUAAAAACUUG